CCAGAAGGGUGAACAAUGCUAGACAGGGCGCUUCUUCUCCUGCUCCUCCAUUUUGUCAUGUGCUCUCUCUCUUCUCCUCUCUAUCCAUCACUCAGGUAUACUCCAUUGCCCAUUUCAGGCAAGGCAGUGAGCUUUCAACUCCAGGAAAGUGACCCUGUGCAGAGUCACAAUCUCUCAGUGGAAGAACAGGAGGAGGAGAACUUCCUCACUGACCCUGCUGAGAAAAGGAUGCAGCGUCACGCAGAUGCCAUAUUUACCAACAAUUUCCGGAAAAUCCAGGGCAAGAUCUCAGCCCGGAAGGCUUUACAGGCAAUUUUUGGCAAAAGACAUGGUGAAGGCCGCACAGGAGAUGUGGAGCAACUCUUGACGAGACGCCAGUCUGACAGCAUUCUUAUGGACAGUGGCUACCACCAGCAGAUGAUAUUGAGGAAUUUUCUCGGAGCCAUGUUGCAGAACCAAAGGUCUCAAGAUGUCAACAGUGACCAUUUAGACAAUUUUAUUAGUGUCCUGACAAAGCUCAUGGAAUUGUAAAUAAGCUUCCUUUCUUCCCAUCUUGUCUUGGUCAGUACAGUCUCCCACCCAGUGUCUUUUUUUUUUUUUUUUGCAGUUCUUCCUGCUUUGCAAGCAGUGUGGAGAAAUAAACUGUCAUCUUACUACAUGUAUUAUGUCUGGAAUGACCUUUCCUUCCACUGAAAGGUUCCAUAAUCAAAGAAAAACAAAAUCAGACUUAUGUUGUCCAUGGUUAUACAGUUAGAUAGCAGAAACUCAUAACAAUUAGAGAUUCCCAUUUCCGAUGGAAAAUAACAAUUCCUAAUGAACACGAAUAGGUGGUAACUGGCUUUUUAAAGUGGACUGCUGCUUAAUAAGAGGUGUGUGUAAUCAACUAGAAAAAUGUCCACUGUUCCAAAACUCUCCACCACUAAUUUCAUUUGUGUGGACUGAGAAGAAUAUUAAAUUGCCUAGGCCAGGAUCCUGGUUAUCUAAUGCUGAACUUUGAGCACUUUUAUCACACACAACAAUCUAAGGUGGGGAUAUGCUUGGCCAAAUUAGCACUGGGGCUUCUGAGGAUUAAAAGGUUAUUGACUUUUGGGUUUAACAGGAAGCACUUGCCUGGCCUUCAGGUUCAGCACCAUGGACAGCUUUCUGUUGUGGAUUGUUGAAACCCAGUGACCCCUGCAAGUCACUUAUUUCAGUCAAUUAAAAGAUCACACCCCAAACAAACACAUCCAGAUAAUAACCAGAGUAAAUGUAGGAAGUUUCUGACCCCUCCUCUCCAUCCACAAGUAGCUUUUCAAACAA